ACAAAGAUUAUCUUUUCUCCCCGUCGAAUCGUCGAUAGUCGCUUCGACUCUUAAAAUGGUGUUCCUUGGAGAGCAGUACUAAUACCCUCAUUAUCUUUGGUAAAUCAAACCUCGGAUCCAGCCUUAAUCAUCGCUUGGUCGCCAUGUUUAUCGUAAACAUGGUUGUCGUGUUAGCGUUCUGCGUGUCGGUUUUCGCGGCGGUGAGGCUGUUCUUGUAUCGAAGUGCUCUGGUGUUCGCUCUGAGGAAGUGGUCGGAUUGGAUAGACGACAGGAUUCAUGUUCACCAGUUCUUCAAAGUCCCGCAGCUUAACCAAAACGCUCAGGAGAAUCAGCUGUACAGGAAAGUCUUCGUCUACGUUAAUUCUCUGUCCUCCCUCGAGGAUUCCGAUUUCAUUAAUUUGGUGAAAUCCGGCGGGAAAUCCAACGAUAUUUUGCUCUGCCUCGACGAUAACCAGGUUGUUCAGGAUCAGUUUCUCGGGGCGAGAAUCUCGUGGAUGAAUAAGGUGGAGGUUGGGGGACGGAGCCUUGUGUUGAGGAUAAAGAAGAAAGAUAAGCGGCGGAUUCUUCGGCCUUAUCUUCAGCAUAUUCAAACGGUUUCCGAUAACAUCGGGCAGCGCCGGCGGGAAUUGAAACUGUUCAUGAAUCGCUCACCGUCGGAUGAUUGCGCCAGCGGACGGUGGAGAUCUGUUCCGUUCACGCAUCCUUCCACUUUCGACACGGUGGUGAUGGAGUCGGAUCUGAAGAACCGGGUCAAGUCCGACCUGGAGACGUUUCUGAAAUCGCAGCAGUAUUAUCACAAACUAGGCCGCGUUUGGCGGCGGAGUUUUCUCCUCUACGGCCCUUCCGGUACCGGCAAGUCCAGCUUCAUCGCCGCCAUGGCCAAUUUCCUCAACUACGAUGUCUACGACAUCGAUUUAUCUAGGGUUUCGGAUGAUUCCGAUCUCAAAUUGCUUCUGUUGCAAACCGCUAGCAAGUCGGUGAUCGUUGUCGAAGACGUCGAUCGGCUAAUCCAGGAGAAAUUAAUGGCGGUGAGCUUCUCCGGAUUGUUGAAUUUCAUGGACGGCAUAGUGAAUUCGUGUUGCGGAGACGAGAAAAUUAUGGUGUUCACGAUGAAUUGCAAGGAUCAUAUCGAUCCGGCGAUGCUCCGGCCGGGGAGAAUCGACGUCCAUAUCCACUUUCCCUUAUGUGAUUUCAACUCCUUCAAAUGUUUAGCAAACAGCUAUUUAGGCGUGAAAGAGCACAAGCUGUUUCCCCAGGUGGAGGAGAUUUUCCAGACCGGCGCGACGUUGAGCCCGGCGGAAAUCGGAGAACUAAUGCUGGUCCACCGGAGCUCCCCGAGCCGCGCCAUUAAGUCGGUGAUCACGGCGCUGCAGACGGACGGAAGACACGGCGGGAGAUGGCGUCGGUUGACGGAAAUCUCGUCUCUGGCGACGCCGUCGCCGCCGCGUACGGACGAGCAAGGUUGCGCCACCUGGAAAGAUACCGUCCCUGUAGCCAAGGAGUUCCGGAAGCUGUACGGACUGUUGAGAAUGAAGAGCGCCAAGAGAUCUGAACCUCUGGAUCAUGACUUGGAAUCAAUCCAACGGUGAACGUUUUUAUUACAAAAAGAUAAUCAAAAUCUUAUUUUAUUUUUGUAACUUGUCAAUCUGAUAGUUGAUACAGCAAUUAAGAUUUUAGGAUUUUGUUUAAACUUGUGGUUGAGCUCCGCCCUUGUAAGCCGUACGAUGUAAAUGAUAAUGUUUUUAUUGGAUUAAAUAUAGGUUAUGGGGAAAGAUGAGAUUAAUUUGAUCACUAAAA